UGUAUGUGCUCCUAUAACAGAAUGCUUUAAAGAAAGUUCGCACACCUUUUAAAUAUGUGUGAACGCACAGAGACCUUGGUGCAUUUCAGGAGGGCUGUGAGAGUGCAAACAAGACGCACUGAGUCCCCUUCAGCGUCAGGGUCAGCAUUAUAAAGUCGAUUGCCAGCGCUUUAUUGGGAAAUCAGUGUAGCCAUGGCGGUGUUUUCAUUGUAUCCAGCAUCGAAGAACGUACAGUAUUUAAGACGGCUGAUGGAAAAACUUCAUUAAACCUGGUUGUUGGGAACGAUUCCAGCAACUCGAACUGCAGUGACUAGAGGACUACCUGUAGGAUUUCGGUGGUUUAGGAGAAAAGAGCUAUAUAAACAGUGCGCUUUACGCGGUGUCUUCGAUGUUCGUCUUUUGAUCUAAUAUGUCUAGGUGCCUAUACGUUUACAAAAAGACAAAAGCCGUUAUAAAAACUGGACCUUGCUAAUAUUCGAGCAAUGCUACGCACGUUGGAACCGGUUGCUUCUCAAUCCUAAUCGCACUGUGCGAUUCGCCAUUUUAUCGGACAGAAACCUGAAGGAUUCACAGAGACCAGCCACUUCCAUGGAGUGAGCGUGACACGAUGCGUGUUCUCCCCAUAAAACGCAGUGAGUAAAUCACUGUUUAGUGUGAUUUCCACGGAUCGUAAAAAAAAAAAAAAUGUAGGGAAUCUGCAGUGUCCAAAGCACGGCGCACUGUGUGAAGUCCGAGCUAUUGUCAUCGCAGAGAUGCCGGUGCGCGCAGUGCCCACCAGGUUCAUGUACAGGGGACCCUGCUCGGUGCCAGACAUCCUCUCUUACGGGACUCCUGUCAGCCUCCCCGAUGAUGAAGUGGAGGAGAUCCGAGAGGCAUUUAAAGUGUUUGACCGUGAUGGAAAUGGAUUCAUCUCAAAGCAGGAGCUGGGCAUGGCCAUGAGAUCUCUGGGCUAUAUGCCUAAUGAGGUGGAGCUGGAGGUCAUCAUCAAGAGACUGGACAUGGAUGGCAAUGGCCAGGUUGGUUUUGAAGAGUUUGUAACUCUGCUUGGCCCUAAACUGACGGCAGCUGGCAUGCCUGACAAGUUUCAUGCUACAGACUUUGACUCCAUGUUCUGGAAGUGUGAUAUGCAGAAGCUGACAGUGGAUGAGCUAAAGAGACUGCUGUACGAGACAUUCUGUGACCAUUUGACCAUGAAAGACAUUGAGAACAUCAUCAUGACCGAGGAGAUCCAUAUGAACAGCCCCGAGUGUCAAGUUAACAUUGACACAAGCCCCAUGCAACAAGUCAAGCACACAUGUGUAAGAAAGAGCUUGAUUUGUGCCUUUGCCAUUGCAUUCAUCAUCAGCGUCAUGCUUAUUGCAGCCAAUCAGAUGCUCCGAAGAGGGAUGAAGUGAGUCAACCACCCCAUCUUUGUGCCCAUCUUCUCCCCUUUUACUCAUUACAUUUAAAAUAUCCUUUUUUAUGUUUCCCUAUGUUAGUAUUUGUAGCUAACAACAUACUGACACUGGUGUAUAAAGUAGAGAUACAAGGAUAACUGUAAGCAUUAUAUAACGUUUAGGCCUUUAUUUUGUGUCAUUUAUAAUUUGUGAAUAUUAAUAAUGUUUUACUAGACCAGACACCCUUAUCCAGAGUGGAAUACGUUUUUAUUUCAAUUUAAACAAAUGACCAAUUGAGGUUUAAGGACCUUCUGAUCAGCAGUCAAACACUUUAACCACUGAGCUACCAUAUCCCAUAGUUAUACUCAUAUUAAAUACAAAUAUAAUAUAUUUGUACAUCCUUAGUAACUCAUGGAAACACAUGGAAUCCUUAGAAACACAUGGAUUUUCAUGGAUUUGUGGAAUCCCUGAUGGCUUUUCCAAAAACCCUGGUCAUUGAGGUCAUUUUAGUGGCAGGCAAGGUUAGCAAGGAAGGAUCCAUCUAUUUUAAAAUAAGCCAGGGGAAAAAAACAGCAAAUACCAAAUUCAUACUAAACAUUAUAAAAUGAUGUAUAUAGAAAUUAACUAUAAAUAAACAAAAACAAUUAAUGGCUCAGAGUUUCUGCAUAAAUAGAUGCAUGACUCAGUUACAAAAUCAAAUGUAAACAGAACCAUGCAAAUAUGUAUAUGUUAAAAAGAAUACAAAAAUACAAAUGACAUUAAACAGGUGGUAAUCAUAAUUAGAGACAAUGAAUAUAAUGUGAGGAGACUUCUGGUUCCAGUGAGGGCCAUAGAAAUGUAAACCUCUCUUUGCAUAACAUUUAGAGUGCAAAUGUUACAUGAUUAAUAUAAAAUACAUGAGAAAAUCAUACAUACUGUUUUAGUAUAUAUGCAUUUUUACAGUAGCAACAGGUCUUUGGCCUCAGGCUGGAGACUAUGAAAACUCUUCCAUAGGGUGAGUUAAGAGUUAAGGGCCAGAGAAGAUGGACUUCACUGCAGAACUAGAACUUCGGAGGAUGGAUAGACCUGAUCUAACUGUUUCCACCCAUGUCACUUUUUCCCAUGGGUCUGUGUUUCUGAUCUAAUUGCAAUUGUGGAACACUGAAGAUUUUAGGUUUUGCUAUUAACUGCAAACAAGCAGUUGUUACACAAAUUGUUAUUGAUAUUACCCUGUUCUGGUUUAAAAUAUGAAUUGGGGCCUUCACAAUGCAUCACAUUCUUACAUAUUAUUUUAACAAAAUAAUUUCUCCAAUGUAGAUUCUAAGGUUUCUUAUUUGCAUGUCUGACAUUUAUGCUACACAUGAAAGGUUAAAAGCAUAUUACAAGCAACAUAUAGUACGAGGGGAAAAAUUCCAUUUUAAAUAUAUUAUAAAUCAUUAAAAAAUGAAAUGUAAUUGAAAAUAAUGAAUUUGAAUGUUUUGGUGAUGUUUUACAAUACUUGAAGCAUUAAAUUAUUAAAUUAUUGGAAUUCUACAAUAUAUUAGUAAACACUGCUUUAUAUUAUACAUAAUUCAUUAAUAUUUAGAAUUAUAGAAUAUAUAAUUUAUAGAAUUAUAGAAAUACAUCACACUGGAUUUGCUGAUUCAACUAGACUAAAUAUUUAUAGUAAAAAGAACAUUAAAAUGUACUAAAUUCAGAUGUUUUUGUUUAUGUUUAACCUGUCAAUUUUUUUUGUCUCAAGAAACGUUUCAGAAUCAUGCCAGACUAAUAUACACACGUGGACAAAAUUGUUGGUACCCUUCGGUCAAUGAAAGAAAAACUCACAAUGGUCACAAAAAAAACUUUAAUCUGACAAAAGUAAUAAUAAAUAAAAAUUCUAUGAAUGUUAACCA